AUGCACGGCCGUGAGGAGGGUGGGGGCUGGGCGCCGCUGCGUGCUGCCGAGUCGUUCCUCGGGACGCCGCGCAGCGAUGUGCAAAUGACGCCUUUGUCGCAGAUGCCGGUGCCGCAGACGCAGGAGUCGCCGACGCCGGCGUGGAUGGAGCGUCCAACGGCGCUGCUCGAGGACGAGGACGAAGAGGCUGAGGAAACGUGGGGGGACGUCAUGGACGAGCCCGAGGACGAGGACGAGAUCGCGCCCAUUACACGCGCAAGUCUACGGCUGGAAUGCGGGCUUCCAAAACUCGACGCGUUUGCGGGCACAAUGCUCACCGGCGGUGCGUACGCGCCGGGCGAAAUGCAGCAGCACCCAGGCGACGAGGCACGCCUGGGCUUUCCGCUGGGGUCCGCGCUCGAGAUCGUCGGGCCGCCGGGUAUCGGCAAAACGACAUGGGCCCUGCAAAUGGCUGUCGGCGAGCGCAUGCACCAUAUUCUGCACUCGCUCGACCUGGCCCUCGACGAGCUCGGCUCGCAGCUCGAGGCGGAGCAGGACGCGUGGGACGAGUGGCUCGACGCAAACGUCGUGCCGUGGUGCGCACAGGCCGUACUUGUUGACACCGAAGGAAGCAUCGUUCCGGAGCGCAUCGUGCAGAUGGCGCGCUCGACAGUACAGAAACACCUCGAUGCGCCGAGCGUCGUGCGGUGGAUGAGCGCGUGCGGCGCCUCGGACACGAAUCGCAUGCGCCCGAGUCUCGAGCGGUGCGUGCUCCAGGGGCUACACGUCGUCCGCGCCACGUCGCUCGGCGACCUGCUCGCGUUUCUUGGCGUGGCGGCCAGCAGCGUGCUCAAAGUGCCCGGCCUGCCGCCCCGCACCUCGCUCCUGGUGGUCGACUCGAUCUCGUUUUUGCUUCAUACCCAUGCCCAGGCGUCGCGCGAGCAGCGGAAAUCGCGCGCGGACGCGCUGGCCAAUCUCGUCCAAGCACUGACGACGCUGCGCGACUUUUAUAUCCCCGAGCACGACCGCCUCACGGUGAUCACCACGGCGCAAAUGGCGACGCGCAUGCCUGGCGACCGCCGCACGGCCGAGGCCGGGAUCGAGUCGGUGCUCGUGCCGUCGCUCGGCAACACGACAGCGCCGGCGAUGCGCGGCUCGUUCGACACGUCGGCGUACGACUGGGGCACGAGCCUCUUGGGGCGCAGCGCGUGGCGGUUCCUGCUCUUUUACCACGGCGCUCAAGCCGCGCGCCACGUCUAUAUCCAGUCGCGGCCCGAGUCGCACGCGGCGCCGGCGAGUGAUUUGUGCAUUGGCUAUCGCAUAAAUUGGUUUUUGUCGAACGAGUCGAUGGCUGUGUGA